CCUUGGUAACUAAUUUGAAAACGAAUUUGUACAUAUGUAUUAUUUAAGUAAACAAAAUGCAAAAUUCAACAACCAGAUCCCAAGGAAACCAUCGAGAAAACAAUAUAUUCUGCAGGUUGUAAUGAGACUCAUCGCUCCCUUUUAAGUAAUUUUUUCAAUAACAAACUCGGGUCCAAUUCGGUAGUGUCAUAACAACAGAAGUGAUUGAAAACUUAUACAUAGGCAAUGGAAGUGAUUAGAGAUGUUAAAAAAGUGAUCAACCAAGUAUUUGGAAAAGAGAAUAUGUUCGGAUACGAGACAACGCUAGCUAAUCAGAUGUACUUAUUGUACUGCGUCCUCGGUAACGUAUAUUACACCGAUAAAAUACACCGAAAAACCAAACUGGUAUGGUUCUGGAUAGUUUACAUAUCAUGGUUACCAGCUUCUGUAUCAAUCUUACUAUACAUAGUUUAUGGUAGACAAACCGGCGACUUGGUGUUGCUGAUUUACAUUGGAUUUUUACUCGUACUCAUGCUGAUGGAAUCAAUUGUGAAGCCCGCAAUCGCGUUGUAUUGGUAUAGAAACGAUAUAGAGCAAAUGAUUUCGAUGGCUGAUAAAAUACUAGCGAAAACACCAUCAACCACGCGUACGAGUACAUCCGACAAAUAUUUGGAUGCAAAAACUAUCACCAGCUCUAUAUUAGUUGGACUCGGAACAUCAAUUGCAGUGUAUGUAUCAGUCGCUACUAUAGAUGUGAUAUUUUUUUAUCGAGAAGAAAAGGUUAAAAACUAUAUGUACUACCUAGUUCCACUUUCUGGAGUCGAACAAUUCGGGUCAUUCGAAUUUUAUAUAGCUUAUCACCUCGUUUUGUACGGCACGUUUUGGGGUUUAGUGAUCGUUGUCUUGAUGCACCGAGUUAUUUCCGUACCUUGGGCAGUAAUAUGCCAUAAUGAAGCGCAAAGGAUUAUCGACGAGUUGAAUUCGUUGAGUGAAGAUACGGACAUUAAUAUCGACACUUUCCGAAGUAUAGAACCGAAAUGCAGAUACGUGAUCAAAAAAUGCAUACACGAUAUAAAAAACCUCAACAGAUUCAUUUCAACCUACAGAGGCUUUUUUGAAACUUACGCCAGUCAUACCCUUCCCAUUUUACUGUACAUUGAAGUUGUCCAUGCUUUGAUUGCUGUAUCGCCAGAUAUCCCAUUCAUAAUCAGAGUGAGAGAAUUUAUCGUUCUCAUCGUCUCGAUUCAAGAAGUCUACAUAACAUGUUGGAUUGGCGCUACGUUGGAACAAACUACAUCGGAUUUGUCAUUCGCUGUAUAUUCCACACCGUGGUAUUGGUUGAAAAGCAUUCGCAAAGACGUUUAUAUACUUCUAUGCCAAACACAAGCGUCAAUCAAUCCACGAGCCUUGAAUGUCUAUCCAAUCACAUUGGCAACAUUUCUGCGAUUUUGCAACGUUAUCAAUUCUACAGUGAAUGUUUUUCGAGCAUACACAGACACACGAAAAUAGUUAAUCUAAGGAAAUCACUUUGUUCAGUAUCUACACAUUUCUAACCAGAUGAUUUAAAGUUUUUCCUGUGUUCAUUGUUUUGAUGAAAAUUUUCAACUACAAAUUUUCACCGAGUAGGUAUAGUUCCCAAUAUGUAGGGGUUUUCUUGAAACACAUUGUUUGAUCGCGCACAGGGGAACUAACAAUUGCAAGAAAUGAUCCUAAUUGUAAGAUAAAUAUAAGAAUCGCAGAAGAAGCUCAUCAAGCAAUGGAGAAAAUUUUUCUGAGAACUUCACCCCAGAAGCAUUGGUGUGAGUAGAAUAGUUGGUUGCACCCAAAUACUAAUUUGAAAGAUUGCACUCAAAAUGUGUAGGUCUAGGUAGUAGGAACCUAUAGGUUUGUGCCAAACAUGGCCACCGAAAUCAUUAGUUCUCCAUGUCACAAUUUCGGUAAUGUAAAUAUACCUCGGCCCAUUCAUCUACCUAAUCUGAAUUUUCAAUAUACACACUAAAGUAUUGAUGUUAUUUAAUAGUAUGUAAUAAAUGAGCGUUUAGAUUU